CCGUUCUAGUAUCGAUGUUUUCAGUCGUAGCAUGAAAUCGAUAUAAACGAGAGAGCGGAAACCAAAACAAAACAGUACUACACUACAGUACAGUAACAGCUUGGCGGUGGUCGGGUGAACGUGAACUGUGCGAGAUGUGUUCACCGUGGCGUGGGUGGAAACGGUUGGUAGAUAUGUAUAAAAUACAAACAGUACCAUCAAGAUGCUACUUCGAAAGUACCUACGAUGCACCUGAUGACCUGGUAGCUGCAAGACAAAAGGACAUGCCGGAUUCGAAUAUGGAGAACCCUUAUAAACGUGACAAAACGCUGUGCGUUUUGUGCAAAUAUAACAUUACACCUAAUUACAAGAACGUGAAAUUGUUGUCCCAGUUUAUAUCACCAUACACAGGACGCGUUUAUGGCAGACACAUCACGCGACUCUGCUCAAACCAACAAGCGAAGGUAGAAGCAGAAAUAAAGAAAGCGCGAGAUGCAGGUAUGAUGGCGUAUUACUUGAAAGAAGUGGAAUUCCUUAAGGACCCAAAAUUGUUCAAUCCAGAACAGCCUGUGCGUCCCCACAGAUUCUAGACAGUUAUUUGACUAUUUUCUUUAUCAGUCUAAUUGUAUAUGGGUUGUAUACUCAAGAAACUUUGGGGAACAAUGAAUAAUUCAAAGACUGACCAUUAUAUUUGAUCUUGUUGUUGUAUUAUAGAAUAUAUUGAUAAUAAAAGUUUACAAGCUGUAA